GCUGGCUUGAUUCCCAUAUCUAGGCAGUCUCCCAAGUUGGGGCAAAGGAAAAAGACGCGCCUGGUGUAACCCAACAUACAGGUAACGGGUGGUUACGUGAACGAGAGCCCUGGCCACACAGCCUGGGCGCCUAUCUAUACCUGGCCUUGAUUGUGAGGAAACCAGAGUUGACCGAGAAGAGUUCUGGCCCCCAGGGCAGGCCGAUUGUCAGACAACCUUUCUGACAGGCAGCCCCUCUUCUGGAAUCACCAAAAUCUUGAAUCACAUGUGUCGCCUCUGCUAGGUACCAAGUCAAUAUACCUACUGUACCUAUGCAUCCAUCUCCGACAUUGUAUGCCGAUUGAUUAUAGAAAGACACAAAAAAAAAAAAAAAUCAGAUAUACCCAUCUUGAUUAGCAACGCUGUCCCACAAUGGCGUCUAUUUUACCGGGCAGAGUCACCGAGGAACGCAUGAUGCAGAUCCGCGCCAAAUCCAAGCUGCGAGAGAAGCUCGUGCAGGUGGUAGAAAAGGUCGAAGAACGGCUACAGAUUGUGUACGAGCAAAUGGAGCUACUAAGGCAGAGAAGAUUCGAAAUCGACCGGCAAAUCAUCACGUAUGAUCAGAGGCUACGCCUGAGGGGCGAGGUGCAGGACAACAUGGCUGCUAGAAAAGUCGAGGCCGACGAGCUACGAGAGCAGCUCGCCGUGGCUAUCCACGAGCUUGAAGAUUACGACGACAUGAUGCAAAGCAGGGCGCCGAAACAUUUGUAUUCGACCACUCCAGAAGCGGGAUAUCGGUACUGAAGGCACAGGCAUAUGAUUUUUCUAGCAUUUGAGAAGAAGGGACGAUAAGAAGGGCGUGUGUUGUACAAGACUCAACGUGGGUUACUUGUUCUUGCGAUUAGGCGAUAGUGGCAUGGAAAUGUGGCGAUUCCACCAGGACAAACAGUAUGAAGAUAAUAUGAAAUUAGUCUUUCUUUCCGUAUGUUUCCAUCCGGAAGAUGCAAUAAAAAUCAAAAGGAAAAACAGAUUCAUGA